GGAACCCGUUUCUGAUAGCUGCAGCAAACAUGGCUGCCUCCUUGUUGUCGCCGGGUAGAAUCAAGCAUGUCGUUCCAUGGAAAACUCGAGAAGAGUUUUUGUCCGUGUAUCGAGACCUUUACAGUGAGGAUGAGAGCCAGCAGGAGUUGGCCAUUAGGAGGAUCGCAGUUUGGAAGUCCAG